CUUCUCAGGCCUCCUAGUUACGAGUAGUGUCUCCUCCAGACUCCUAGUUCUACCGCGACCAUCUAUGGAACCUCCCAACUCCUGUCGUUCUGCUUCACGUCUCUGAUCCCUCAUAACCUAUCUAUCUAUCUACUAUCUAUCACCCUUUCCACCGGUCGAUCUCCAUCAAUCUCCCUGACCCAUCCUACCGUUACUACGAUUUCGACUGCCUUAUCCCACACCUUUCCAACCCUUUCCAUUGAUCUCGACUCUUUGGUUCAUCACCUCAACUUCAUUUCCCUAUCCAUUCUUUCCUCGAACGAUAUCCUUCUAGAACCUCGCGUAUACGUACAUCCUUAAAAUCUCGAUCACGCCUUUCACCGUCAUUCGGUAUCUGCAUAUAUCCAGCCGCCCUAUCAAACUAUCAAUUGACCAUCGUUGAUCGACUGGACGCUUCAUUCGUUCGAUAUCGGAGGUACUCGCAGUCCAUUAACAAAAUGGCCACUCUAGCAGAACCCCUUACGGUCAUGUCAUCAUCAACCUCGCCAAUGCCGACCGUGUACGAACAGGACAUUGACAGCUUCAUCAACCUCGAUCAACUCACCUACACAUCCGCCGAACCGGCUCGACCAAAAGCCAUCCUAGCAAGCCAGCCUUCUCUUCCCAGCUCAGAUUUCACCGCCGGCGAUGUUCGCAGUGCGACAUUCGCUGCCAAUGGUCACUCGCCUAUGGCUUUCCAAGGGCCUAGCCACCAAUAUGACGAACACAAGCAGCAGACUGGUCUGCCACCAGGAGCUCUAGCUCAGGCAAUGAACUUCAAUCAGAUGGCCGGCGUCACUUUCGGUAACGCGAGCCCUGCUUACCAGAUGAAUGGCGACAUGUUCGCUAGCAGUCACAUGAAGCGGGAAGACACUUCGUUCGAUUUCAACAACAUGUCUUCUCGUAACCCGUCUGAAAUGGACCUGGAAUCUGACGGCAUGGGCGCGGUUCCUUAUUAUCUCUCACCCAAUGUCAACAAGAAUCAAUUCAUCGAUCCUAAUGCUCUUGGAGGUCAUGAAGUUGUUCCUGCCGGGCCUUCCACUCAGGUCGGCCGCAUGUAUCCGGGAAUGCACCAACAACAAGCAGCCAUGGCAAAGGCGGCUCAACAACAACAACAACAAAAACAACAUGAGAUGCUUCGUCAGCAGCAACAGCAGCAGCAAUUCCAGCAACAGCAACAACAACAACAACAACAGCAACAGCAACAGCAACAGCAGAGCCAGCCCCCUCGCGCCACUAACCCUGCCGUGGAGGAACGGAUUACGCGCCUCUUGCAGCAGAUGAGACAGAACGCUAUGGGCACUAUCGAGGACACCCCAUCGCCCUCUUCGUCCUUACCUCAAAUGGCAAAGAUGAAGAAGGAUGAGCAGGAUAUGGACGAAGAUGAAAGGUUACUUGCUAGUGAAGAAGGAAAGAAACUCAGUAGCAAGGAACGUCGGCAACUACGCAACAAGGUUUCGGCACGCGCUUUCCGAUCGCGCAGAAAGGAAUAUAUCGGCCAACUUGAGUCAGAGGUCGCUGCACGGACCAAUGAGGCCCACGAACUACGUCUUCAGAAUCGUGUUCUGUACGAGGAGAAUGCUCGCCUCACCGACCUUGCUCGCAUGCUUCUCUCCUCCCCUCAUUUCUCUCAGUUCCUGGACGAGAUGAGCGUCAACGGCGUCCCCGCCCCCAAUCUACCUCAAUCUCAAACCCAGGUUGCUCAAUCCCAGGCGCAGCAGCAGCAGCAACAGCAACAGAUUAAACCUCAGUCUCAACCACAACCACAACCCAUGGGGCAGCCGCCCAUGCAGGCUAGCAUCGCCAGAGAUGCCACUCCUAAUCACGGUAUCCCGGUCCCUCAGAACCCUCAGGUUGGCAUGGUCAUGGUUCCUAAUCAACCAAUGGAUGUCUCUGCAAUGAGUCUUAACAAUGGCGCCUGGAACACUGGAAUUGACAUGAGCUAUGGCAACACUCCUGUGUUUGCUGUCCUGGAGGUUCCCGAGGGUCCCGCCCUCGACGCAGAGAUGCUCUGCGGAAAGAGCUCGACUUUGUUCGGAACAUGUUUGCCAGAAGUAUCUUCUGCAAAGGAUGAAAUCUCCAUGAUCGAGCGGCCGCCAAAUACAGAGGAGGAGACGAAUGAUUCUCCUGUCGGUGUCGAGAACCCGGAUAUUCAUCUUGACGAGUCAGACCCUGCUUUCGCCCUCUUCGCCGACUCCCCAGCCAGGAACUCGUCGUCAGACUCCCCUGUGGACUUCCCUUGCACCAUCCGAUCUGAAAAGUCAACGCCUGCAUUUGAGCUGGUGGUCGAGAAUGAGUCCAAGGCCACUGCAGACCGCUUUGUCGUUCUUUGCAACAAUAUGGAGGCAGCCUUCCAACGCGUCUCUUUGAUGACCUCCCAUCUUUCAUGAUUCCCCCACGCCGCGCGGCCGAGCAUUUGUGAUACCUAUAGGAUUUGUAAAUUCCAUUCUUGAUAUUUGUACUGAUUUGGGCUCGUGAGCAUCAAUCUCCUGUGAGGAUACAUACUCCCCCUCUUUCCUUUGUUCAUGGCAUUUGACUGUACAUCUGCGCCCUGCAUCUCCUUCGUCUUCUCUCUCUUUAUCUCUCGUUCGAUUGUCAAUUCUGGGUUAUUGGAGUCUCUGGUGUAUUGAAGGGACAGGUCUCGCUUCUGUUUGGGAAGGGAAUAGGAAUUGGACGCCGGGUCCAUUAGCCAUUAGGAACCGACAUUAGCUUUAAGUCGAAUAAGAUCAAAAGUCAGAAUAAACUGCAG